GGAGACCUAUCAAAGACAUGAAUGGAGUAAGAACUAAACAUGAAAAUAUUCACCGCAACAAUUCACCCUGCUUAUUAACCCCCACACGGUUUUAUUUACAUCCGAACCCACGGAACAGCCUUCCUAUUCUUUUAGACAUCAAGAACACAGCCCUAUCUUACUAUUUCCCGUCAUUCUAACGUCGCAUUGCAUUCAUGUGUACUAAUCAUGAAACCCCCAUGAUUAAAAACGUGUUCCCCCUUAUCCGGCAGAAAUCUAACGAUACCUCUUGCAAAGCAAACCCCAGGAGUCCCGGAUUCCUCCCCAAUCUCACCCAAGAAACCGAGCCACGAGGCCAAGUCAACUUCUAUAAUCUCUUAGCUAGCUCGUGGUUGCACACACUCUCCGUGCCUUCCGUACGCAUGUCAACAAGGUUCCUCUCCCACACAAUUCAAUAUGGAAGCGAACGAGCCUCAACUUUGGGGGCCUUUGAUUGAUUUUACACGUGAAAAGACUUUUCAAUCCGCCAGACGGCAAGAAACCAUGAAUGUUUAUGCUAAGAAAAGGAUUGUUGUGUGAGAUCUAUAUGACAGGGGAAAGAAGUACUAGGUACCGGAUCUUUAGCACACGAAGCUUGAUACGAGAAGUGCCGCGCCGUACUUUAUUGGAAGGAACGAUUUCAAUGCAUAUUCCGUAUGCUCCUAUCACUCUCAACGUUUACCGACGCACCCUUGGGGAUGUUUUCGUAAAAUUUCCUAAAUGGAUUAGGAACGGUGGGUGGCUGGGAUGCAUCGAUUCAGCCCCCAAUUUUUGGUACACGAUACUUUCGACAGUUGAAUGAGCGAAUUGACGGCGCAAAUGAAAGAGUUGGGUAGGCCUGUAUUGUAAUCUUCCCAAUUAGGAUGUGAGAUAAAUUUAUUCACACAAAUCUAUCUCAGUUCCAUGUCGCGAUCGUUGAGCAAUCGUCGCUGUUGCAAUUUGAUAUUCGGUUAGACUCACGUUUUGUUUCCACCUCCUUGUCCUAGAUGUGAUCGUAAUAAAUCUCCAAUGUAAGAUCUCACAGCAUGAUAUCCCACUGGAUGACUCCUCGGAUAGCAUCACAACCAACGUUCACUUUGAAUGGCUAUUUGUAGUAUAUGAUAUAGCACGAUCCUGGAAUUACCUGAUCUUUGAAUGGAAGAAUAAAAUUGAUCACCA